GUCUGCUUUCUUGCGCAUCUGAUAUUCAAACUCCCUUCUUCCCAUACGCUCUACCGAUAUUUCACUUGAUUCGCGCCUUUCGUUAACUCAUAUAACUAAUACUGGGAUUGAUGAUAGGCGAUACAUCUAUUCCAAUCAUAAUCACCAUUAUACUCGUCAUACUCGAACAACGUUAAAGAUGGCAUACAGCAACGGCACUCCGGAGACGUUUAAAUGUGCUGUUGGUGGCGAGUGGCUCGCCUCCGAUAAGUUCUCUCGAAACCAGAUUUCUAAAUGGCAAAAGGUCAAGCGUGACGAUGGCGUCACUCCCGCGAAUGCUGGGCUCAUUUGCAAAGAGCAUACUCAACAGACAGCGGCACCACGAGAGAUUAGGUGCAAUGGUCCUUGUGGUCUGUGGAAACAUAGGGAUCACUUCAGCAAGACUCAACGUAACGACCCCAAUGCUCAAUGCAUACCCUGCACUCUCUGGGUGGUUAAUUUUAACGGGGAUGAGGCCCCUCACGGUGCCCCCAACUCUCAGUUGCUCUCCCACGAGAUUCAGGCGCAGGCGACGGGCGUACAAAGCGAGGCUCCUACCAUUGCGUCUCCCCGUUCCGCCGUUGGUGAUAGACCUAGCGGAGUUCUUUCCGAUUACCAGCAGGCUCGUAUUCAUGGAGUUGAGGUUGGUGAGGUUGAUACCAUGGUGGUUCAAUCGGCCUUCACGAUGCAGCGGGGCGUCGACUCCACCGGUUCACCUGCCAAUUCCGAUCAUAGGGGUCCCGUUUCACCUGCCACCUCCGACGUGAACCCCACUGAUAACGGCAAGCCUCAAUCGGUAGCCGGCUCCACCGCACCUGCCGAUGAACCUGCCGAUGAACCUGCUUUUCGGCUGUACGGCUACAGCCCAUUCGCUCCUGCUGCUGGUAAGAGUGUCGAAAAGGCCACGAAGGAGGAAUCGGCGGGAGAUAGUGAAUUGCCACCCAUGGUCCCGAACAAGCAGCCCGGUAAAAAAUGGUUCAAAGGAGACACUCGUAAAGUAUUCUUUGCGCCACCGGCUUAUGCGGCUCGUCCGACGGACCAGACCAAUCUUCGAUGCGUUGAAAGCGAUAGUAGUGAUAGCGAUAGCGAUUAA